GAAGGCAUGAAUUGAGAUGGAACAUUUAAACAAGAGCAUCGCGAUCAGGAACCGUCUAGAGGGAAACAGCGAAAAUUGGACCACACUCUUGUUAUCCUUGCGAGAGCUGAUCGAAUGGGUUAUAAGGAAAGACACGGAGCUCACUACCCUGGGGCCGCUCGUGGGUGACCUGGGGGCGCUCUCCAAGUACCACGAGGACCUGGCCGCCUUCAGGAGGGUCAUAGAAGACAAACAGCCUGUGAUUGAGUCAAAUUUAAAGAGUGGAAGGCAGUUGAUCGCUUCAGAACCUCCUCUUAGUGACACCAGUGAUAGUGAAGCUGGUAGGGAGCUAGAUGCAGACUCCAGGUACCGAGGGGACGAGACGGCGAGGGACCUGACGCGGGCGGUGAGGCGUGAGGUGGCGAAAUUGUCAGAGAAAGUGGGCGGCGCUGAGGGAGAGAGUGGCUGCCAUAUCCUCCCAUACUGACUUAGCGUUGAAG